AUGGGCAAGAGUGGUAUCCGAACAGCCGGCAAGGUGAGCUUGGACAAGCCCGCCGACCAGCAAGAGAACUUGCAUAAUCGAUGGCAUCCUGACAUCCCGUCUGUCGGUGCCAUCAAGGACGGCGAGACCGUCAAAAUCGAAUGUGUUGAUUGGACUGGAGGUCAGAUUGGCAAUAAUGACAGUGCCGAUGAUGUUCUCAAUGUCGACUUGACCAAGAUUCACUACCUCACUGGUCCAUUCGACGUCGAUGGCGCACAGCCCGGCGAUGUGCUGCUGGUAGAGAUAAUGGAUGUUCAACCGUUCCAGGAUCAACCAUGGGGAUUUACUGGCGUGUUCGACCGCAGGAACGGUGGCGGGUUUCUGGACGAACUGUAUCCAUCAGCUGCCAAGGCCAUUUGGGACUUUGAAGGCAUCUACUGUACCUCGCGCCAUAUUCCACACGUCAAGUUUGCCGGCUUGAUUCACCCUGGCAUCUUGGGCUGUGCUCCUUCGGCCGAGGUCCUAGCAACAUGGAACAAGCGCGAGGGCGAGCUGAUCGCAGCGAACAAGCUUGACCGGGACGUUGCACAGCCUCCUAAUCCGACCAAUGUACACGCCGGCGCCGCCGAUGCGACUAUCAAGGAGAAGGUCGGGCUGGAGGGUGCCAGGACGAUCCCAGGGCGACCCGAGCAUGGGGGCAAUUGCGACAUCAAGAACCUCAGCCGUGGCUCAAAGGUGUAUUUGCCUGUUCAUGUGGCUGGAGCCAAGUUCUCCGUUGGAGACCUGCACUUUAGCCAGGGCGACGGCGAGAUCUCUUUUUGCGGAGCCAUUGAAAUGGCAGGAGUCAUCACCAUCAACUUCAAAGUCAUCAAGAAUGGCAUGGCCGACCUGGGUCUGAAGUCACCAAUUUAUAUCCCCGGACCGGUCGAGCCACAGUUUGGUCCCGGGCGAUACAUUUACUUUGAGGGCUUCUCCGUCGACCAGCAUGGCAAGCAGCACUACAUGGACGUGACUGUCGCAUAUCGACAAACGAUACUGCGAUGCAUCGAGUAUCUCAAGAGGUUUGGGUACAGCGACUACCAGAUCUACCUGUUGAUGUCGUGUGCGCCAAUCCAGGGGCAUAUUGCCGGUAUUGUAGACAUUCCCAAUGCCUGCACAACGUUGGGUCUGCCCAUAGAUAUUUUUGAUUUCGAUAUCUUGCCAUCUGGACCGGCCAAGGCUCUUGACAUGGGCACUUGUGCGUUUGCAAACGGAGAGAAGGAGGGCAAGGUGACAGCGGGCGGAAAGGACGGGGAGUACAGUUUUGGUGGCGGGCUGACGUACAAGGCAACCGUGGUGGACAAGGUCAAGAACGCCGUCUCUGGUUCCUGA